AUGCUCACUCAUGCAGGCAAGGAGAUGGCAUUUGCCCACGCAUACAUGGUAGUUGCUUGGAAUCUCAUACCGCGUGACCCUCGUCAUAUCUACGCCAACCCGCUACAGCCAAAUAUUUGUCCUAUUCUCGCUUUAGGACUAUAUUGGUCGCGCUUUAGAAAGUGUUGGCUGCGUCUAUCGGCACACGAGGAUGUAGCCACCGAAUUACAGCGUCAGGGUCUUAACGCCACCGAACUGGGGACUCACUCAAUGCGAAAAGGCUCAGCCACAGCACAUAUCUUCGUUACGAGGCUGCUGGCGACAUGCACGUGGGUCAGUGUGUUGUGA